UAAUAGGUGCAUUUUUAACGUGGUGCCGCACAACACGAGUCCUCUGUAUGUCUAUGAUAUUGCCUUUCAAUUUUCAUGGCUCAGAAAUCAUCUUCCGUCUUCAUUUCGCUUGUCUUCCAGGGCUAGGCCACCAUAGUUCUUUUCUGGUUCCACAAUGAACAGCCUGUGUCCUGCUUCGUUCUUAUCAAGAAGAAACUGCAAAUUUAACAGUCACAGCAAUUUUUGCGUGCUGAGAAACAGUGCUGCCCCAGUUGGUAGCAGCAGAGCCUUCUUCUCCCACUGCUUGAACAGAAAGAGCAUCCAGAAGCAACUUCACUUCAACUAUCACUGUGUUGGUUUCUCCUCAUUCCCUUGUUCAGCAACUCUAUCAGUAAUGCCUGAAAUGGACAAGAAGCAAGGAUUUGAUGGAGAGGAAGCUAAUUUUCUGGUCAAAGAUCUCAGAAAGAGCUUUAAUUCCGGAAGGACAAAGAGCUACGAAUGGCGGAUUUCUCAGUUGGAAAGCAUAGCCAAGAUGCUAGCAGAGAAGGAGAAGGACAUUAUUGAAGCACUUCAUAAGGACCUUGCCAAGCCUGGAUUUGAAGCAUUCAUAUCUGAGGUUUCCCAGGUAAAAUCCGCAUGUAGCGAGGCAAUUAAGGAACUAAAGCAUUGGAUGAAGCCUGAAAAGGUGAAGACUUCAAUUACAACUUACCCGUCAUCGGCAGAGAUUGUUUCAGAACCAUUAGGAGUUGUAUUGGUCAUCUCAACCUGGAACUUCCCCUUCUUGCUAUCAAUGGAUCCUGUAAUUGGAGCUAUUUCAGCGGGAAAUGCAGUUGUUCUGAAGCCAUCGGAAAUCGCUCCAGCUACAUCGUCGCUUCUUGCAAAACUUCUCACAGAUUAUCUAGAUAACUCGGCCAUAAGAGUUGUGGAGGGAGCUAUUCCUGAAACAACUGCAUUAUUGGAGCAGAAGUGGGACAAGAUACUUUACACAGGUAGUGCUAGGGUAGGUCGCAUUGUCAUGACUGCUGCUGCGAAACACCUUACACCAGUGAUUCUGGAACUUGGAGGAAAAUGCCCAGCUGUUGUUGAUUCAAAUAUAAACUUGCAAGUCGCUGCAAGGAGAAUAAUUGCUGGUAAGUGGGCAUGUAAUGCUGGGCAAGCGUGUAUUUCUGUUGAUUACAUUAUCACUAAAAGGGAAUUUGCUUCAACAUUGAUGAAUGCUCUAAAAGAUGAAUUGGAGCACUGCUUUGGGAAAAAUCCAAUUGAAUCCAAAGACAUGUCACGGAUCGUGAGCCCAUUGCAGUUUGCGCGCCUGGUGAAGCUCUUGGAAGAAGAUCAGGUAUCUGAUAAAAUUGUCCUAGGAGGCCAGAAGGAUGAGAAUCAAUUAAAGAUUGCUCCAACCAUUUUAUUGGAUGUUCCAGAUGACUCUACUGUAAUGCAAGAGGAAAUAUUUGGACCCAUAUUGCCAAUCCUCACUGUUGACAACUUGGAGGAUAGCUUUGAUAUUAUUAGAUCAAAGCCAAAACCUCUUGCUGCAUAUCUCUUCACGAACGAUGAGAAACUGAAGAAGGACUUUGUGCAGAACAUAUCUUCUGGAGGAAUGCUCAUCAAUGACACUAUUUUACAUGUUGCAACUAAAGGAUUACCAUUUGGAGGAGUGGACGAGAGUGGGAUGGGAUCAUAUCAUGGGAAAUUCUCUUUUGAUGGGUUCAGCCAUAAGAAGUCAGUAUUAUAUAGAAGCUUUGAUGCAGAUUCAACCAUAAGGUAUCCUCCGUAUACGCCUCAGAAGGAAAGAUUGUUGAAGGCCCUUAUUAGUGGGAACAUUUUUCAAAUAAUUCUCUCUUUGAUUGGGUGGUCUAAAUAAAUUAUUAUUCACCACUCACUUGUAAAACUGACAUUUAUACAAUGGUUGAGUUUAAGUUA